UCUAUAUGGAGUGCACAGAGAGAGAGAGAACGGAAAGACAAGAGAAAGAGAGAGAGGAGAGAGAGAGAGAGUGGGUUGUAAGCUCAGAGCAGAGGAGAGACAGAUCCAGGGACCCAACGCACACACAGAAGGAGGAAGAGAGGAGGCUACAGACUCUCAAACCCCCACAUCUCCACCGGCUUUUCUGCUUUCCACUCAGCACACGCUCACACCGGGGACCACCAUGCCCAACUUCUCCGGGACCUGGAAGAUGAAGAGUAGUGAAAAUUUUGACGAGCUCCUCAAGGUCUUGGGAGUGAACGCCAUGCUGAGGAAGGUAGCCGUGGCUGCAGCCUCAAACCCUCACGUGGAGAUCCGACAGGACGGAGAAACCUUCUACAUCAAGACCUCCACCAGUGUGCGCACCACUGAGAUCAACUUCACCAUUGGAGAGGAGUACUACGAGGAGACCGUGGAUGGGAGGAAGUGCAAGAGCCUGGCCUCCUGGGAGUCGGAGAACAAGAUCUACUGCAGACAGACUCUGGUGGAGGGAGACGGACCCAAAACCUUCUGGAGCCGUGAGCUCAACGGAGACGAGCUGACGCUGAUUUUUGGGGCCGAUGACGUAUUAUGCACACGGAUCUACAUCAGAGAAUGACACUUUCCAACCACGGGACAAAACUUCUGACUCCACCUGUUUCAUUUAUCUGUCAGUCUGAGAAAUACUAGCAAUGUAGCCCACACACUUUGAACUGUCAAUAGUCUCUUUGCAUCUGCUCUCCAUACCUCACAAUAGCAGUGUUUGUGUGACUGUUGUGGGUGUUGUGUUUUCAGGACUUUAGCUGUCUCUGUCCAUUCCAUCAAACUCUGCAGUGUGUCAUAGGAUUUAGAGGCUUCAACUUUUCAUGUCAGUAACAAUAAAGGUUUGGGACACAGUGAA